UUGUUAAUCCGGAACUCGGGGUAGCUCUCUAUUGUUGUUGUUGUGACUAUUUUUUAAGUGUUGAGAAUGUGCAUUGUUGGAAACAAGAAGAAGGGAAACAGAUCAUUGAAGGAAAUAGGAACUUUUAUGAUGACUACAUGUUUCAUUGCUAAUUACCAAUCCGUUCAAGUUUGCCAGGCAGAAUAUUUCAGCAGUUACUUAAGCCUGUAACGUAGUCUGGUUUCUGGAGUUUCCGAUAAUUGGGCGGCUGUCUUUUGAUUACUGUGAGAUAUUAAGAGUUUGGUAUUCUGAAGAGAUCUAAACUCUGUUUGGAAGCUUCUGGUUUGGUGGGGUAAGGGCUCUGGUGGAGACUCUUCAGACUGAUGGCCAUAACAACUUGAUUUAGCAUUUGGUUCAGUUGUCAACGUAGUGUUGGUUUAGUAGUAACCGAGCAGCUCAAAGCUUAACGAAGACAGAUUUGGUAGUAAAGAAUCAAGCAGCUCGCAGUUUAGGACUUGUUUUUUUUUAUUUUCACAUUUUUAGCUUUGCACGGGCAUUCUCUAAUGCAGAACAAUCAGUAUCCCUACUUCACCGACGUAAUGGGAGACGGAAACAUGAACAGCGUCCCGUCGUAUGCAUCAGCGUCAUCCUUUGAUGCUUUGUUCCCGCCAUGUGCCAAGUUACCAUUCCAUGGUGUUGAACUUCAACCCUCUUCGGUCUGUCCAAAGAACUUUGUCGUUUUCGACCAAACAUAUGACCGCAGCCAAGUGAUGUACCAUCCUGAGCUGACACUUAGGCUCGUGAACUCCGGAUUAGCUUCUUCGUUUCAGAACGAGUAUGUUGUGGGAGGUUAUGGUAACUAUGGCCAACAAGAAGUAUCAUCAUCCUCUUCUCACCAAGAAGAUCCUAAUGAGAUUGAUGCUCUCUUGAUGAGCACAGAUGAAGAUGAAGAAGAUGAUGAGAGUGAGGAUGGUGGUGAUUCAGAAGAGGUCAACAGCACAACUGGUGAUUUUAGGAUAAAUCAUUACUUUAAUUAAUAUUAUUAUUUAAAUUUUAUUUUAAUAUAAAUAUAUAUCUAUCAUGAUAUAUUUAAAAUAAUUAAUAAACAUUAACCUAUUCAAACGAUAUAUACUAUUAUUUCAGAAAAUAUAUUUUAAUAUAUACAUUUAUUAUUAUGAUAUUUAGGUUAUAAAUUAAUUUGUUUACUUGUCAUAUUCUCCAUAAUUUUAGAUAAUUUUGCUUAUUUGUCUUGCCCUCCAUAAUCUUAAUAAAUAAUUCUAGGGAAAAUUUUAUGUUUACCACUUUCAUGGUACUAUUUGUCAUCAUUACCACCACUAAAGGGACAUUUUCAAAAAUACAUUUUUCGUUAAGUGGCAAA